AUGCCACCAGCUUCUUCAGUUCCAAUGGAAAAAAGGUAUGAAAAUAUUCCACGUGAGAAAAAUAAAUGCGUGAGCCUUUGAAAAUGUGUUUUUGGCCUAAAAAUCGUCCUAUUUCUUUUGUUAACAACCUGAAUAAACGAUUGCGUUUUUUCAAAAAAACUUUUUUUGGAAACAGUUUUUCAAAGAAAAUGAAAUUUUCCUAUUUUCUAUAUGCAUUCUUCACCUCUUGGUUAUUCUUAUUCCUAUUGUUACCAGUUUUCUCGCAAGUCUCAACACAUAAAAGGUGAAUGUUUCUCAACGACACUCCGCCUGCUUCUUCUUUAGCAGCCGUUUUUUGUUUGAAAAAUGUUCGUUUUUUCUGCAUUGUUUGCUUUCCGGAGAGAAGCCAAAGAUGACAAUUUAUCAGUUUUUUAUUUGAUACGAAACCUUGAUUAUUUAUACAUUCUUUUUGAUUUUUUCUAGACCAAGAAUGGUUGACAAAUUGGCAAGUGUUCGGGGAUUUUUCAACGCCGAAAAUGUGCGGAAAGUUACUAACAAUUCGGCGCUAGCCGCUUAUUUUUUGCCCAGCACCGAUGCACAUAAUGUAAGUUGCUAAAUAUUUGCAAGCGAAAGACAAAAUGUAUAGUUUGAAUUGACCAGAAGAAGUCACAAACGGGCUCCAGGAGCUGGUUAAAAAUAAAAACAACAGAGGGACUAGAUUCACAUCCUACAUAUUUAGUUCCCGUGCUAUUUUUCGAGCUUCAAUUAUAGUUGCACAUCGACUAAAUGUCAUUUUCAAACUUUUUGAGCCAGUGAGCUGAAAUAUUGGGGUUUAAUCCUAUUCAUAGAUGUUCUGUGAAUACGAUUAAAACCCAAUAUUUCAGCUCACUGGCUCAAAAAAUUGAAAAUGUCAUUUAGUCGAUGUGCAACUAUAAUUGAAGCUCGAAAAAUAGCACGGGGACUAAAUAUGUAGGAUGUGAAUCUAGUCCCUCUGUUGUUUUUAUUUUUAACCAGCUCCUGGAGCACUUUUGUGACUUCUUCUGGUCAAUUCAAACUAUUUUACAAGGGAAGUGCAUGAGGUCAGGUUCUGAAAUUUUGAUGAAACAUAUCGAAAUAUACUAAAUCGACCAUGCUGAUCACGAAUCCGAAAUCAAAAAUUGCCACAAAUCCCUGUGAGCACUUUUCUGGAGCUACUUACAAAGUUGGAAUUGAGUUUUGCUUUUUGUCCAUUUUCACCAUUUUCCCGGUGGAAAUUCAACUUUUCUAACUUGGAUAGGGUUUUUCACCACAUUCGAAAACCUAUCAGCUUUUUAGUUUUUCAAAAAAUAUGAAAUACCAGUUGAAAACUGUAAUUUUUAAGAAAGUUCCAAAGUUUUUUGUGCAUUUUUUAAAAUUACAGUUUUCAGCUGGUUUUUCAUAUUUUUUGAAAAACUAAAAAGCUGAUAGGUUUUUGAAUGUGGUGAACAAUCAUUAUUCAUGUUAUAAAAAUUGAUUUUUUACCCGGGAAAAUGGUAAAAAUGGACAAAAACCAAAACUCAAUUCUAACUUUGGAGCUCAAGAAAAGUGCUCGCAUGCAUUUGUGGCAUUUUUUGACUUCGGAUUCGUGAUCAGCAUGGUCGAUUUGGUAUAUUUCGAUACGAUUCAUCAAAAUUUCAGAACCUGACCUUGUUAGCAAAAUAAUUCAAAUAUAAAUAUUGAUUUUUCAAAAUCUAAAUGAUUUUCAGAGUGAAUACCUUGCCGAAUACGAUUUCCGUGUCAAAUUUCUCUCCAACUUCAGUGGCUCAAACGCGCAAGUUGUUAUAACUCCAAAAAAAGCAUUGUUAUGGACAGAUGGUCGAUAUUAUGUGCAAGCAAAUAGACAAUUGUCAAAAGAAUGGGAAAUGAAGACGAUGAAUGAGCCCGAUUCGAUCACAGUCACCGAAUUUCUGAUCUCCGAACUUCGAAGAGGCGAUUUUGUUGGUUUCGAUCCAACAUUGUUGAGUUUUGAUUCGGCUGAAACGAUGAGAAAAAAGCUGAAAGGAGUUGGAAUACAUCUCGUCGCUGUUGAUGGUAAUUUAGUUGAUCCAAUUUGGGCAAAUCGACCAAGUUUGGGACAUAAAAAGGUGAUAAUGUUAUAUUUGUCUUAUCACAUUUUGAACUUAAAACAAAUAAUUUGUUGUUUUCAGGUCACGGUUCUAACAAAACAAGAGCAUGGAAAGGAGACAUCGGUGAAGAUCAAGGAAUUGCGCGAGAAAUUGGUCAAGAAAAAGUGUACCGCUGCGAUUUAUACAGUUUUAGAUGAUAUUGUUUGUAAGAUUUUUUGAUUUGCUUUGCUUUGAAAACGUGGCAAAUUGGAAAAUCUCGAAAAUUUGACAAUGUUUUUAGCAAAAUUAACUUUUGGGGUUAAACUUUAGACUACUUGAAAAUUCCAAUUCAGUUUGCGAAUCUACUACUUCUCGUAACUUCAAAAAAGGUUUCAUUAUAUUAUCGAAAAUCUCAUUGCUCCACCGAAAUAAACACGCAACGCAGACCGCGUCGCGCCGCAACCUACACAAAUAAGAGAACGAUUCAAAUUCCCUCCAUUUUUUGUGUGUGUUGUGGCGCGACGCGGUCUGCGUUGCGUGUUUAUUUCGGUGGAGCGCGUGGUAUCGAUGAGACUUUCGAUAAUAUAAUGAAACCUUUUGAAGUUACGAGAAGUAGGAGAUUUGCAACCUGAAUUGGAAUUUUCAAGUAACCCAAAAAGUUAUGUGGUAGAAAAACCUUGAUCCUAAAAUUUUGCUGAAAAUAUUUUUUUUCAAUUUUGCCACAUCAUAGCUCAUUUUUAUCUCUUCUCUUCUAAAAAAAUGCUCAUUUUGCAGGGCUCUUGAAUAUACGUGGAUUCGAUAUCACCUACAAUCCAUUGGUAUAUUCAUAUCUUUUAGUGACAGCCGAAAAAGUUGUAUUAUUUAUUGAUGAAUCGAAAUUGGAUGAAACUUCGACAAAACAUUUGAUUGAUUCAAAAGUUGAUAUUCAACCGUAUGAAAGUACUUUUGAGUAUUUGAAAAAUUGGAAUAGCACAACACCUGAUCAAAGAGUAGGUCUAAAACUUUUGAAAGAAAAUUACAAUUUCCCUUGUUUUUCAGAUCCAUCUUUCACCGGCCACAAAUUAUGCGAUCGGAUCGAUUUUUGGCGUUGAUAAUAUUGUCACCGACACGUCAUUUGCCCAGGUCAUUUUUACAUUUUUUUUUUGAAAAAAUUUUCUCAAAAAUUGUUUUUUUUUAGAUCGCCAAGGCUCAGAAAAACGACAUUGAAAUGGAGGGAAUGCGACAAAGUCAUGUAAAUUUACCCGGAAAAUUUUCUCAGUUUGAAAAAAAAAAAUUUUCUGUAGAUUCGUGACAGUGCGGCGCUUGUCGAGUUUUUGGUUUGGUUCGAAAAUGAAAUGUUGGCUGGAAAUGAAUAUUCGGAAAUUGAAUUGGCCAAACGACUUGAUACAAUCAGAUCGCGACAGGAGAAAUAUGUGGAUUUGAGGUGAGAAAAUCUUCAUGGCUCCAAAUUACACCGUGUUUUUUCGCAGUUUUUCGACAAUUUCCGCAUUUGGAGACCACGCGGCACUUCCGCAUUAUCAUCCGGAAGGCGAAGAUGGACAAAGAAAGGCCAACUCGAAAAAUGUGUAUUUGGUUGAUUCUGGAGCGCAUUAUAGGUAUUGAAAUAUUGAAAAAGCUUUAUUCUGAAAUACCUGUCUGAAAUUAUAAAUUCCAGAAUUUCUACUAAAAUCCUGUUUAUUUUCAGCGAGACUGAAAGUAAACGGGAUUUCGGCUGGAAUUUUGGGAUUUAUAAUUUUUUGCCGGGAUUUCAGUGAGAUGCGGAAGCUAUGCCCAAAUUUUGCUUGAAAAGGGGCGUGGCCUAAAUUUGGCUCCGCCGAUUUCUAGAGAUUCUGAAAUACCUGUCUGAAAUUAUAAAUUCUACCAAAAUCCUCUGUAUUUUCAGCUAGACUGGAAGUUCAGAGGGAUUUUGUUGGGAUUUAUAAUUUUUUGCCGGGAUUUCAGUGAGAUGCGGAAGCUAUGCUCAAAUUUUGCUUGAAAAGGUGUGUGUCCUAAAUUUGGCUCGGCCCAUUUCUAGAGAUUCUGAAAUACCUGUCUGAAAUUAUAAAUUCUACCAAAAUCCUCUGUAUUUUCAGCUAGACUGAAAAUAAACAGGAUUUCGGCUGGAAUUUUGGGAUUCAUAAUUUUUGACAGGAUUUCAGUGGGAUGCGGAAGCUAUGCUCAAAUUUUGAAAAACUCAGAAAACUUCAAAAAAAUGAGCCAAUCUUCUUUUCAAAUCUUACUGAAAUCCUGAGAAAUGAUAAAUCUCAAACUUUUUGAUUCAGAGAUGGAACAACUGAUGUCACCCGAACUGUUUGGUAUACAAAUCCAUCAUCUGAAUUUAUCAAAUCCAAUUCUCUUGUCCUCAAAGGCCACAUCUCAUUGGCUCAAACUGUUUUCCCGAGUGGAAUUAUGGGCGGAAGAUUGGACACGUUAUCCAGACACGCAUUAUGGCAACAAGGAUUGGAUUUUUCGCACGGAACUGGACACGGUGUUGGACACUUUUUGAAUGUUCAUGAAGGACCUAGUUAGUUUUUGAAUUGAAAUUUGAACAAACAUUUUUUUGUAGUUUUUUGUCAAAAAACUUGUUGAAAUAGUCAAAUAUUGAUGAAUGAAACUCAAAUUGGAUUUAUUUUCUUCACAAAAAAUUGAAGCUGAACGAAAAUUUAAAUUUUCGAAUUCAUGAAAGAUUUACGUGGCCGAGAAAUGGCGGGAAUUCGGCCACAUAUAUCUUUCAUUUUUCCAGAAAUUUAAGUUCAACUUCAAUUUUUUGUGGAGUAAAUAGGGCUGAUUCACGAACAAAAAGUCAAAAAAUGUCGAAAAAACAUUGUAGGUCAAAAUUAGUUUUUCGAGUUUUUCAGCCAAAAAUGAUGACAAAUCAAUAAUUUUCAAGCUUCUGGAGUAAUUUCUGAUGAAAAUUGACCUUGGAAUUCACUUUCCAGAAGGUUUUGAUGAUUUUUCAUAAAAUAAAAUUUUAAAUUUUGAUGAAUUUCGAAAAAAUUAAUAAAAUGUGGUAAAAUAGGGUUCUCGAAGCUUAUUUUCAUCAAAAAUCACUCCAGAAGCUUAAAAAUAUUGAUUUGUCAUCAUUUUUGGCUGAAAAACUCGAAAAACUAUGUUUUUUCGACAUUUUUUGACUUUUCUUGAUCUUUCGAUGUUAAAAAACACAUUUUUUUCGUUCGUGAAUGCAUUUUGAGUUUGAGUUUCAUCAAAAUUUGAAUAUAUUUUCCCCAUUUUUUUCAAUUUUUCAAAAUUCCUAAUUUUUCCAGUCGGAAUCGGAAUAUCAACAGCAGCCGCUCGUCCUGGCGGAGAAUUGAAAGUUGGACAAGUCAUCACAAUAGAACCCGGUUAUUAUUUGCCAGGAAGCUAUGGAAUUCGUAUCGAAAAUUGUUAUGAAACUGUCAAAACUAGUGUACCAUCGGGAGCUGACAACUUUUUGGGAUUUAAAGUUGGUUUUUUUGAACUCUUUGUCAGAAAUUGCAAUGAGUUAUGACGUGGAUUUUAAGCCAUGUUUUUUGUUUCAGACUUUGACAUUGGUCCCAAUCCAAACUUCAAUAAUUGAUAAAAGUAUUUUCACUGAAUCCGAAAUAAAUUGGCUCAAUGAAUAUCACUCAGAAGUGCUUGAAAAAACUGGAAAACAAUUGUUGAAAAAUGGAAAAACUCGUGAAUAUGAAUGGCUCAAAACCGCUUGCAAACAUAUUUGA